CCAGAACGCUCUAUAUCAACUGCGCAUAAUCCUGACGUCCUGGGACCUGAAUUUCGUAGAACCAGAACAAACCUAUUGUUCAGAUUCAAUCGAGCAGUUUCGUGAAGGCCAGCUUACUUCAUUUGGAUCAAUUCAUCAUUCUUUGUUUGUCGGCUUUGUUCCUGUUUGGUUACAUAUUGUUGUGUUUAUUUUGUGAUAUUCAGAAUAAUCAGAAUCCCUUCAUUUACCUAAGAAAUAAGACUUUAAGCAUAAGUGUAAUUAGUGAUAUCUGAAAUGGUCAAAAUUUGUGAGGUUUGUGGACUCAAGCAGUCUCCGGGAUGUGACAAAACAUUCCAUAGCAUUGAAGUAGGGGAAAUGGGACAAAACAUUGAUGAUACUGAUGCUAAAGAACAGUCAUUUUCAACAACACUGACUGCAUUGGAAUUUGAAGAUGAUGAAAUACUUUCUUCAUCCACUUUAACUGCACCAGAAGCUUUGAAAUAUGAUGAAGGGACACAGCAAGGUUUGGACUGUCCCAAUGCUGGCCGAACAAUCAUUUUCUAUCACUCUAACUGCUUCCGAAGUUAAUGAUGAAACUUCAUCUUCUACUUCAACUGCACCAGAAGCAUUAACAUAAACACAAAAUUCAAUGAAAAGUGAAGCAUUCAGGAAAAGAUUUGAAACAUCAACCUCUGCCACAUCUGGUUUGCUUUUGAAACUAGAAAACAUUCCGCCAAUGUAUGGGAGUGCUUUAUCUGAAGAAAAAUGCAAAGAUAAUGAGAGUACAGAUAUGCAGGAAACUUUCAGUACACUAACUGUCCGUUCACCACAAAUGAUAUCCAAUCCUAGAAAAAGAAAAACUAAUUGGUGUAAUGAAGGAUCUGUUUCGAAAAAAAAAAGUAUUCGAUAUUUUGGGGAUCUGGAUAGUGACAAUAUGGAAGAUGCCAAGAAUAGAAGAAAGUGUUUUCAAAUAGCCCGAAACACCAUAUCAAAGCAAAGAGCCAAAAUAAGACAACUACAGCAAAGUAAUAGAAGGAUGAGUCACAAAAUCAAAACGCUCAAAUUAUUGACCCAGCAUCUCAGGAAUCAUAAUAUGAUAUCUGAGAAUGCAGAGUGUACUCUGAAUGCAUCUUUGUCUGGAGCUUCAAAAGAAUUGUUCAACUGGAUGCUCAAGAGCCUGGAACACAAAAGUAUUCACCUGAAUUGAGACAAUUUGCUCUUACCCUAAAUUUUUAUUCAACCAAAUCGUAUAAUUAUGUCAGACAAACAUUCUUCAAAAGUCUUCCUCAUGUGAGAACACUCUCAAAGUGGUAUCAGACAGUUGAUUGUACUCCAGGAUUUCUGAAGGAUGCUCUAAAUGCCUUGAAGGUUAAAGCAGGUUAAGCUUCUUCCAAAGGAAUUAAAAUAUUGUGCAAUCUUGUAUUUGAUGAGAUGGCCAUCCGAAAAAGAGUUGAAUGGGAUGGAAAAAAAUUUCAUGGAUAUGUGGAUUUUGGCGUCAACCUUGAAUCAGACAAUUUAGAUGAAGCAAAGGAGGCACUUGCUUGUUGCCUUGAAUGGAUCUUGGAAAAUUCCAGUUAGUUAUUUCUUUGUUAAUGGGCUUACUGGAUCUGAAAAGGCUAAUUUAUUGCAAAAUUGCCUUAAAUUCAUUAAUGAAAGUGGUGUUAUUGUAACUUCAAUUACAUUUGAUGGAACCCCAACAAAUUUUACUGUAGUUAAAAUGUUGGGUGUCAGUCUUAAUCCAUCAAAUUUGAAACCUUAUUUCAUUCAUCCUGAAACCAAUGAAAAGGUGUAUGUGUUUUCAGAUCCCAGUCACAUGAUAAAAUUAGUCAGAAACGCUUUUGGUUCAAAACAAGUUCUUAAUGUAAGAAGAGUAGAAAAAAGAAAACUAAUUUAUGGAAAACCAAUCAAAUGGGAUUUUGUAAAGAAACUGAGCGAAAUUCAGGAAACAGAACUUAGGAAACAGAACACUUAGCUACAAAACUCAGAAAAAGACACAUUGCCUGGGUAAAAGAAAAAAUGAAAGUAAAACUUGCAGUGCAGACACUGAGCAACAGUGUUGCAGUCGCCUUAGAUUAUUUAAAUUUGGUCCUAAAAUUAGAAGAGUUUUCAUUUUCAGAACCCACUUCAUUUUUUUGUAGAACUUUUAAUAAUUUAUUUGACACUUUCAUUUCUAGAAGUAGAUUUACCAAGAAGCCUUAUGAGAAACCGCUUUCUCCACAAACAAAAAAGGAAUAUUUCGAUUAUAUGAACCACUGCAGAGAUUAUAUAAAGAAGCUGAUAAUUGGAAAUGAAAAUAUUCCUGUUUUGUAUUCAACAAGGAAAACUGUUUUUUUGGGCUUUCUCAUUUGUAUAGAAAGUCUCAAACAAUUGUAUGAAGAGAGGGUCAUAAAAAAAUAACAAUUGAAGUAUGUCCUGACAUAUAAAUUGUCCCAAGACCAUCUGGAGAUCUUUUUCAGUUGUGUUAGAGCUAAGGGGGGAUACAAUAAUAAUCCAACAGCCCGCCAAUUUGGCAGUAUAAUGAAAAAAAUACUAGUUCACAGUGAAAUAAAGGGAAGCAACUGUGCAAAUGCAGUAGCUUUGGACUCAACAAAUAUUUUACAUUGCACUAGUUCAUGGUUGGUCAGAAAUGAGGGAGAUAGGGUUGAAGACAAAAUUAGAGAUUGGAAGAAAACAGAUGAUCAUGAUUACAUUGCAUCAAAUGUAUAGGAUUUAACCUUGUAUGUGGAUGACGUGGUGGCAUAUAUAGCUGGGUUCGUUGUGAAGAAAAUCAAAAAAAUUAUAAAAUGUUCUCACUGUUUACAUUUAUUAGAGUGUAGUGAAGCCAUAUCUGGUUUACAGAAAAGAAAAAUGUAUGGUAUUAUGGUGAAAGCUUCGCAAUUUGUCAUAAAUGUCUGUAAGGAAGGAGAAAAAAGAUUGAGGUUGUUGAAGAAUAGUUCAAACAUUUUCUGCGAAACUAGGUAAUUUAAAAGUUGAAGUAAUCAUAGAAACUUUCCAAAAUAUUCAAGGUCAUAUUUUUGAUGUUUUUAAAGACCAUUUUUUUGAUGAUGAACCCCUAAGUAAUCACGGUUUCCAAUUGUCAAAAUUAAUAUUGGAAAAAUAUUUUGACUUGAGAAUUCACCAUGAAACAAGUAUAUUAGAAAAUAAACGAGGAAGUAGAAUACGUUCUGUACUAACCAAAACAAUUUUGUUUAAAAACCAAUAAGGUUUUUGUUUUUGUUUUUUUUUAUUCCGGUUCUGAGGAAAAAGAAAAUACUGUAAUAUUUAUAACAUUGUGAGAACUGAGGAAAGGAGGUAAGAACUGGUGAUUUUGAAUUUCUACAGGCUGUAUGCCUACGAGAAUACAUUCUGCUAAGGGUGGAAUAGUUGGUGAUAUUUCAGAAGAGCAUCAUCCAUAGAAAUACCUAUAAAACAGACAAGUCGCCAACCUUUCUGCGGUGCUCCAGAGAAGUGAGCGAGCUUGUAAGUGAAACAUUACAGAUGAGAGGAAUGUCUUUAUUUUUACAGAAUCUGAAAGUUUCAGUGUGUGUUUAGUACUGCAAAGUAAGGCGAUCAAAAAUAUUUAUAAUCUCAUGCUUUCCAAAAAUUUCAACAUUGUGCCACAAAACAUUUAUAGAUUUCAAGUAUCUUUCUAUAUACAUCAAAUUAUCUGGCUCUAUGGCCAAAACUGGGUAUUUUUCAGAUGAGUUUACAUUUCUAAUAAAAUAACUUUAUAGAUCAGAGCAUUGGAUACAAAGAGGUUCAGAAACAAUUAAAAACUGCCGCCAUAAGAGUAAUUUUUUCCACUUAUUCAAAACAACUGUGUAUUUUUUUAUUAUUAUUUUUCUCCUUUCGAUACUUGUAAAUGUACUUAUCUGUAUAGUAAUAUCCUGUUCAGUAACAUAUGUUGAUUGUAACUACCUAUCUACUCAUCUUCUGUAUUAGAUUUUCUUUUAUAACAAUGAAUGUAAUUCCAUAUAUACUCCAUCUAUGUAGAGGAUUUAUUAAUUUGUAUAGAAUGUAAAUUUUCUUGAUUCAAUAAAGUGUUCUUUCUCUUGUAAAUAUAGUUUUUGAAACUAG